AGCGUAAAUGGAUUCUGAAUACCUAAUGAGAUGUUUAGGGAAAUGUCUUGCAGAGGGAUUGGCAGAGGUAGCAGAGAAAAGACCGGCGGACCCUAUUCAUUAUCUGGCACAUUGGAUCUACAAAUAUAGGAGCAACGUAGAUGAGUAUGAAAAGAGAAAACUGGAAAGGGAAGAGCUGGAAAAAGAAAAGGUAGAAGCUCGCAAAGAGCUUGAGAUGAUUGAAAGACUAAAGGAAGAAGAAAUUUUGAUUCAACAGAACCUUGAAGAACAGAAGAAAAAGGAUUCUGAAGAGCAACCCCUAAAAACCAUAGCCGAACUUACAGAGAAAUUUGGUGCACCAAAUUUACCUACAGUAGAAGAGACGGAUGAAAGUCUGGCAACGGGUGGGAGACAGAAAGACAUAGAGGCAGCAACUGAGGUGGAAAUGGGUGAAAAAAAAGCAGAUGAAGACCAGCUAAAGAGUGGCACAGUAGACAGUGAGGAAAUCUCUGAGACACCUGCUUUGGAAACAGAACAUGGAGAGGUUUUGGAAGCUUCUGUGAGUGUUGAGGUGCCAUCAGAAGAAAAUGCCCCAGCCUCGGAUGCAGCCAACACAAUUAUAGGGCAAAAUGAAACGGAGGAGAAAGAACCAGUGGCUGAUACAGAAAAACAUGAAGAGUGACAUUAUUGCAGUAACUUGUGUUAGAAUAUGUCUUCUUCACAUAUCUUUCUAGGAGUUCUAGAGUCACCUUUCUGACCUGCA